AUGACUGCCCGGACUGUCAGAGGAGCCAAGAACUGGUACCCCACAGAGGAUCUUGUUAAGAAGAACACUCCUCAGGUUCAAAAUCCUACAAAGCUUCGUUCUUCCCUUGUUCCCGGAACCAUUUUGAUCAUUCUUGCUGGUCGUUUCCGUGGUAAGAGAGUUGUUUACCUUAAGGCUCUUGAAGACAACACACUUCUUGUUUCGGGUCCUUUUAAGGUUAAUGGUGUUCCUCUCCGACGAGUCAACGCUCGUUACGUUAUUGCUACCUCAACUCGCAUUAAUGUUUCUGGUGUCGAUACCAAGAAGUUCAACGUUUCUUACUUUACUCGUGAGAAGAAGGCCAAGGACGCUGUGACUGAGGAGGAAUUCUUUGGUGACAAGGAGGAGAAGAAGGAAGUUAAGGCUGAACGUGUUGCCGACCAGAAGGAGGUUGACUCCGCUCUUCUUGCUGAGAUCAAGAAGCAGCCUCUUCUCAAGAGAUACAUUUCCACUUCUUUUAGCUUGAAGAAUGGUGAUAAGCCUCAUCUCCUCAAGUUUUAA